AUCAGCGCGACGCCACUGAGUCUAUUUCUAUUACGAUUAGCCUGAUGUGUCCUGACCGACCACAACAUUUAAACGUAGCCCAGUCGGUGUUUAAUUUGAUAAAUUGAGUGAAUUUUAAGGAUGGAGUCUGCCAGCGAGGAGAAGACAAGCUCGUUGUCUGCGGCGCAGAGGCGCGCAGAAACACGCAGGAGGAAACUGCUGAUGAAUUCUGAGGACAGGAUGAACAGAAUCGUGGGAUUUGCCAAGAACGAGUCUGAAAACAACGGGUCACCCAGGCGUCCAACAGAACCCCGCUUCCACCUGGACCUGGACAGGUCAGAGACAUCGUCAUCCUCCCAGAGACCAUCUCCCUUCCUAUCAGAGUCCGGCAGCGUCUCCCACGUUGCCACCCCGGAAAGGAGGGACUCCCCGCUGCCAGAUGCAGGUGACGAGCCCUUUGGAGCGAGCCCGCUGGAGGACAUCAUCCAAGGGGUCCGACAGAGACCCAAGAGGGAUCUGGGGUCAGAUGACCCGAGCGGUUCACCCCGCCGGGGCCUCCACAAGUACUUGUCUCGUUUUGACGACGCCAUGAAACUGAGGGGUCAGCUGGCCAACGAGAAGCCGGUCCAGGAUGGCGGGUCCGACUGCGAGGAGUUUGAUCCCUUCAGGGUCUUCAGGCUGGUCUGCAGCGUCCUGCUGGCUCUCUUUGUCAGGGUGUUGGUCUGCAAGUAUCUGUCAAUAUUUGCUCCCUUUCUCACCCUGGAGUUGGCUUUCAUGGGCCUGUCCAAAUACUUUCCAAAGGUGGAGAAGAAGGCCCAGACCACCGUGCUCACCGCCGCCUUGCUGCUGUCGGGCAUCCCGGGCGAGGUCAUCAACCGCUCCAUGGACACGUACAGAAGGAUGGGCGAUGUCUUCGCCGACCUCUGCGUGUACUUCUUCACCUUCAUCCUUUCGCAUGAAGUCCUGCUGCUUGUGGGCUCAGAGACGGAAGACCAACCGGGGGUGUGACCUCACUGGCACGCCUCCAAGCGACCAUCCCUCCUCCUCCUCGUCUCCAUACAUUCCCUCCCUCCGCCUCCCGUCUCAGCAGCAAGGCAUGUGCGCACGAAAAGCGUCAAAUACAAGAUGAAGCAGCAAAGUGCAAGACUUGAAUCUGUUGAUGUUUGUUCCAACACGAUGUUUGCCUUUGGGUGAUUCUAGUCAUCCACCAGGGCUAACCUUAGCAAGGCACUGAUUUGGAUCUGCUGCUGACUGUACUUGAAUGUGUGCAUAUGCUAACAAUUAUGUGCACUUUUAUUACUGGUAUGUCUCCCAUGGUCAAGAAAGGGUCCACUCUCUGUUUUGUCUUCAAUUUAUUGUCGUGAAGACAGAAGAAGCAUUUAGUCCUUGGCUGUGGAGUUUUUGCAAUGCAGUGUCAUUGAUGGCGGGAAUGUACAUUUAUUACAUGUUCUAUAAAGUGGUGUGAAAAAGUGUUUGACCCCUUCCUGAUUUCAUAUUUUCGUGCAUGUUUGUCACACUUAAAUGUUUCAGACCAUCAAACAAAUUGAAAUGUUAGUCAAUGACAACACAACUGAACACAAAAUGCAGUUUUAAAUGAAACUUUUUGUUGUUAGGGGAGGGGAAAAAAUUCAAACCUACAUGGCCCCGUGUGGAAAAGUGAUUGCCUCCACUGUUAAGACAUAACUGACCAACCAAAAUGACCCCAAGAGCGCAGCGACAACUCAUCCAAGAGGUCACAAAAGACCCCACAACAACAACCAAAGAACUGCAGGCCUCACUUGCCUCAGUUAAGGUCAGUGUUCAUGACUCCACCAUAAGAAAGACACUGGGCAAAAACGGCCUGCAUGGCAGAGUUCCAGGACCAAAACCACUGCUGAACAAAAAACAUGCAGGCUCAUCUAAAUUUUCCCAGAAAACAUCUUGAUGAUCCCCAAGACCUUUGGGAAAAUACUCUGUGGUCUGACGAGACAAAAGUUGAACUUUUUGGAAGGUGUGUGUCCCAUUACAUCUGGUGUAAAAGUAGCACUGCAUUUCAGAAAACGAACAUCAUACCAACAGUAAAAUAUGGUGGUGGUAGUGUGAUGGUCUGGGGCUGUUUUGCUGCUUCAGGACCUGGAAAACUUGCUGUGAUAAAUGAACCAUGAAUUCUGCUGAAGGAGAAUGUCCGUCCAUCUGUUGGUGACCUCAAGCUGAAACCAACUUGGGUUCUGCAGCAGGACAAUGAUCCAAAACACACCAGCAAGUCCACCUCUGAAUGGCUGAAGAAAAACCAAAUGAAGACUUUGGAGUGGCCUAGUCCAAGUCCUGACCUGAAUCCUAUUGAGAUGCUGUGGCAUGACCUUAAAAAGGCGCUUCAUGCUGGAAAAGCCUCCAAUGUGGCUGAAUGACAACAAUUCUGCAAAGAUGAGUGGGCCAAAAUUCCUCCACAGCACUGUAAGAGACUCAUUGCAAGUUAUCACAAACGCUUGAUUGCAGUUGUUGCUGCUAAGGGUGGCCCAACCAGUUAUUAGGUUUAGGGGGCAAUCACUUUUUCACACAGGACUAUGUAGCUUUGGAUUUUUUUUUCUCAUCAUAAAAAGUUUCAUUUAAAAACUGCAUUUUGUGUUCAGUUGUGUUGUCAUUGACUAAUAUUUUAAGUUGUUGAUGAUCUGAAACAUUUAAGUGUGACAAACAUGCAAAGCAUAAGAAAUCAGGGAGCAAUCAUGUGAGUUGCUUGUUUCCUGGUGUAAAUCAAGUGUGGCCUUUAUCCUGAGACCAGUCACAAUUACUUGAUGCUUUUCAUGUUUACCUAAUAACUCUUUUCAAUGCAAACACAUUUACUGUUGACAAGGUACAAGCAACCAAAGCUAAACAGUCCUACUUAUUAAAUAUUACU